AUGGCUCCUCCUUCCGCUCGCGACAACAGCUUAGUCUUGAGCAGGAGCGAGGAGGGAGGGAGUGACGUCAGCUUGAUGGCGUCAGCAAGUGACGACCGCGACAGAUAUGACCUCUCCGCUUCCUCCGCGUCGUCCUCUCCCCGACCGCGGCGCGCCGACGGCGAUCCGUCAAGCGGAGGCGGGAAGGCGGAAGCUUCCGCGCAACAGAAUCUCGAGGCGCUGUUGGCGGGAAUGGGCGGCGUGUCCCCUAAACGGAGGGUCCCGCACAAAAAGGACGCGGUUGGCGCAAGCGGAAGCGCAAGCGGAAACGCUACGCGGAAACCUCCCCGCGGUUCCGUGACUGGCGCAGACGGGGGGAGAUGUUCUAUCGGGCUUGUGGGGAGCAUUGCGCGGACCAUAGUGGAGGAGGAAGAGGAGGACUUGGCGGAGAGUGAAGGCGCGGAGGGUCUGUCCAGGGACGAAGGGAGGGGAAGCGGAGAAACCUGCGAAGACGGCGGAACCCGCGGAACUGGCGGAAACGGCGGACACCGAGACAUGUCAGCUAGCGCCGAUGCGCACUCCGCUGGUCUACUGGGAGGCGCGUCGGCAGGAGCAUCAGCAGCCGCAGCAGCAGACGCAGGAGCCGCCACAGCCGCAGCAGCAGCAGCAGCAGCAGCAGUACUCACAGCUUCAGUUGACCCGGGAGGCCCAGUGGCCUUAAGAACGCACUCUUGUCGCGUUGCCCUUGCGGCUACUAGCCCCCGAAAUGUUUCUGGGUGUAUAACUGGUGGUUUACCCGCAGUGGCCGCCGCCUCGGCGUCUGCGAGCCACUCCGAAGCUGACACGGAGGAAUGGGCCGGAGCUGCCAGCCCGGGUUGUCUAUCUACUAUCAGAGCGAUCGAUCAAUUGUGGAGCACUCCUUUUGUGCAUCAGUGGCAAACGCAACAGCUACACCAGCACCUGCUGGAUCCAAUAAUGCAACAAAGAAAGCAAUGGCAGCGGCAGCAGCAGCUGGAAGGACAGGAGCAAUAUCCCCCAGGAGUGGCAUGCACACACGAGGCACAACUCCCCCUUCCCAUACAUCGACUCGCACGGUAA